GUUAUCCAGGCUGUCUUCUUUGGGAUCUGCGUCUUGACCGACCUGUCCAGUCUUCUCACUAAAGGAAAUGACAGUCAAGAGCAAGAGAGACAGCUGAAAAAAUUAAUUUCCCUCCGUGACUGGGUGAUGGCUGUUCUAGCUUUCCCUGUUGGAGUGUUUGUUGUGACGAUGUUUUGGAGCAUCUAUAUCUAUGACAGGGAACUGGUUUAUCCAAAGCUGCUUGAUAAUUUUAUACCAGCGUGGCUAAAUCAUGGAAUGCAUACAACAGUUUUGCCCUUUGUAUUAAUCGAGAUGAGAACAACACAUCAUCAGUAUCCCAGCAGGAGCUGUGGACUGGCUGCAGUGUGCACCUUCGCUGUUGGCUAUAUUUUAUGGGUGUGCUGGAUUCACCACGUUACAGGAGUGUGGGUGUACCCGCUUCUUGAGCACCUCAGCCCAGGUGUCAAAAUAAUCUUUUUUGCAGCUGUUACCGUAAUAAUUAACAUAUUCUACUUGGUGGGAGAGGUUUUGAACAACUACAUCUGGGAUACCCAAAAAUGUAUUGAAGAAGGAAGAGAAAAGCCAAAACUGGACUGAACAAUAGAGGCAACAUGGAGGAUUGUUUAUGGCUGCAUGGAAGAUUUCUCACCCCCAACAGAGGUUGGCAUGGAGAGGAAUCUUUUGGAAAGGAGGAAGUAUAAUGGGCCCUCUGCUCAGUGCAGGGAUAUUUUUGGGUUUUAUAUGGAGGGAAAAUGAUUUUAGCUAAGAAUAACAAUAAUGUUUCAACUUCCAUUUCUAUUUCUCCAUGCUUGCAUGUGACAUACACAUAUAAAAUGUGUAUUUAUCUCCAUGGCGUUCUCAAUGUGCGUUUCUUGCAUCAAAUAAGUCAUUAAAUCAUUAAGUCAUUAAAUCUUUUCACUUCCACCAAGAAGAACGAGUCCAUUCUCCAUAUUGUUUGAGAAAAGCUUAACCAGAUAGGUCUAAUAUGGGGAAACAAAACAAUCCUAUAUAUUUCAAAGUACAGUAUAAAAAUACAGUAGAAGUUAAUUGCAUGAAUGUAUCCAAAGAAGAAUUCAAUCUGACUGAAAUAUUAAUGUAACACUAUGUAACAGCUGCCUUAAAUCAGUGAUGUUAAUAAUUUUAUCAGUCCAGUAAAAUCUUACUUGCUGUGUUAGACUAUCUGAAUAUGAUGCAACUUUUCUUAAAUAAAGAAGGCCUAAAUAAAGAUCAAAUCAUCCC